AUGGCCCGGGCAGGCGGGACAGCACCUGGAGUCAUUCAGGUCUUGGCCUUCGGCUCUGAGGCUGCAGCUGAGGAAUCCAUCAGCACCUUGGGCCUGAUCCUAGGCGUGGGGCUGUCACUGCUGCUCAUGUCCAUCUUGGGCUACAGCCUGGCCAAGUGGUACCAGCGCGGCUACUGUUGGGAGGGGCCCAGUUUUGUCUUCAACUUAUACCAGAUUCGGAACCUGAAGGAGCUGGAGGCAGGCCCCCCCUUCACCAUCAGCGGCCACAUCAGUAGCCCUGACGGCAGCUACAUGAGAUUUUCCGACAGGCUGGUAUGAGCUAGAAGGU